AAUCAGUCCGUGUGUGUAUUCCUAAAUAUAACUAAGUCUAAUUUAAAAAAAAAAAAAUGAGUGCAUUACACUGUAUACUUUUGAUGUUUUUAAUUUAUUUUUCUAAAACAUCAGCAAAUUCAGUAUGCGAUAAAUUCGCCCUUUCCUCUGUAGAUGCCCUGGUGCAUAAGCAAAUAAAUUCCAGAGCAAUUUUCCACAGAGAAGAAAAUUUUAAUAGUUUAGAUGGAUAUAUAAAUAUUGAUGUUGUUAGAGCUAACGCUAGCCGACUAUGUACAGGUAUGGUUAAGAACUUUCCCGCCCUCGAAUCUUUAGCAUUCAUUAAUGCUAAUUUGACCGAGAUCGAACCAGGAACUUUUCAAGAUGUUCCACGUCUCAAGAAGGUGUACCUAUCAGUAAAUUUGAUCAAGCAUCUACCAAGAGGAGUUUUUAAUACCGUGCCAAGUAUUAAGAUUAUCUAUCUCAGUAGGAACGAAAUAGAAACCAUCGAAGAUGCAGCUUUUUCUCUAAUGCCCAACCUCAAAUCAGUUCAUCUGGACCACAACAAACUAACCAGUCUAAGUGGAAACGUUUUCUUUGGAAGUCCAUUAAUUUCUCAAGUAGAUUUCAGCCACAACGAAUUAACUAGCAUAAACAGAAACUCUUUUGAUGACUUAAGACCUUCUAGCCAUAUAAGUCAUAUCGAUAUUUUCUUGCAAAGCAACAAGAUCAAUAGCAUUGAUAGCGAAGCUCUGAGGCCAUUAAAACCAGUAAAUCUAUACUUGCAACGUAAUGAAAUUACUCGAUUAUCGGAAAUAAUCACUGCAUUGAGAGAAAAAAGUCGCGUCUAUUUGGAAAAUAACAAAGUCACUUGUGUUCCGGAUGAUGCUUUGCAAAUUAUUAAAGCAACGGAUCUAAAAGUGUAUUUGAGAAAUAACCCUGUUCAAUGCGAAUGCGUUGAGAGAAUUGAUAACAUAUUAGAUGAAGAAAGUCGUGGGGAGUUGAAUGUGGUCACUACGUUACCUUGUAACGUGGAUUUUCCAUUCUUUGGAAAUAAUCUUUAAGAAUUAAUGCGACUAUUGUUUGCCCAGCGGAUCUGAGUCUACGGAAGGAAUUCGGACGUAAAUGUGCCAUGUUGCCACGUUUAAUUAUAAAAACACACUAGGCAUGACGUAUAGUUAAUUUGAAAAUCCAUUUUUUGAUAACAAAAUAUUGAUAACAAUAAUAAAACGCUAAAUAUUUUAACGUGGUUGUUAGACCUAUACCUAUUUUAAUCCUGAUUUCUUCAGUUUGGUCUAUUGUAAAAAAUAAACAUUUUCCAAAGAUACCAUCAGCUUUUGACAAUUUCGCAAGCAUCCGUCCUGCAUGAACCUGAUUGGUGGAGUUUUUGGCAGGAUCGCCGUUGUCAUGGGGAACCAUACGGUUGUCAAAGAGCUAACGUCACCUUACGUCUCGCUAUUGGCCAGGGCUCACGUCAUUUUAUCCUCCCAUCUCGGAAUAUCGAUUUAUAUUGACAUAUCCAGUGGCGGAGAUUUGGUCAUUGCUGAUUUUCGUGUACGAGUUGCAAUACGAUAACACUUCCAAAAAGUUCCGCACGCAGCUGGGUAUUUUAUGAAUGAAAUCAGCCAUUUUUUUUACAACUGCAUUCCCCUUACCGUUACCCCGUAGACACAGACUCGCUGGGCAGACAUUACAUACUCGCAAAUUAUCAUUAUAUGAGUUAUUUUUUUUAGAUAAAUAAUUUAAAAAGA